AUGAAGCAAAUGGCUGCUUUGCGCGGUGUUCUUACAGACGAAGAGCAAGAUCUCAUCUGCCCCAUCCGUUACCUUCAUAAUCCCCUCCAGUCUUCAGCACCUUACCUAUACCAAACCCAUUUAUCUUUCCCGUCGACUUAUUUGAAUUUUCGAAACCUCAAUGAUCCCACCUUCUCUACUUUCAGCACACUAGAGGGUUCGAUCCCUUACUGCAGCUCGAUUCCAGCAGCGUACGAAUCGAAGUAUUGGCGGGAAUCAAUCGAGGCUGCACGGACGUUCGUUCAUCUGCUAGCCACGGACAAGGACAUGGCCGACAUUGAAAUUCGAGAUGGGCUUACUCUGCGCAAAAUUGCGCAACACGAACUUCGGCCAGGCUUUAAGCAUCGAUGCAUGAGAGCCACUGCUUACAUGUAUCCAUUCUGUGUGGAGCCGCGGAAGCUGGAGAUACUUGCCGUGUUGAUGGUUAUGCAGUUUCUCUUUGAUGAAGACAAGUGCGAAGGGGCAGACGAGAAGCAGGUACCGGUUCUUGUUGCCGAUUUUCUGCGACGCCUCGAAGAUCCUGCCGUAACAGUGAACAAGAGCAGGACUGCUCUUCAGGCCUAUCUUGACUCCAUAAUCAGUGACAUCCAUGGGGGUGGUGGUGAAACUGGAAACGGGGGCGCAGAGGUCUACCUCGAAAUGCGGAAGACGUUCACAUAUCUUCGCCCUCGUGCCCCUAUCACAUCGAUUGGAGACUAUCUCGAAUUUCGACGGGAGAAUGUUUCGGCGGGAUUCGUAUUUGCUGGCAUUAAAUUUUCGCUUGCUUCCAACGUUGACAUUCACCAGCCUCUCCUUGAGCGUUUCAUGACCUGGGCAGCAGACCAUCUUGCAAUCACGAAUGACCUUUACAGUUACGCAAAAGAGAUGCGUGCAUUCCGUAACGGGACUUGUCCGGAUCUGAUCAAUAUUGUUGCUAUUCUUGAGAAACUUCUUAGUCUCCCGAAUCAAAGUUCCGCGCUCGAGAUUACAUAUGCACUACUCUUGCAGCGAGAGCAGUGGAUGUUUGAGGAGCUCAAGAAAUUUGAGGCCAGUGGGUGUCUGGAUGAAGGAACAUGGAUGUUUUUAAGAGGGGUAUGGGCUUGUUUGUCUGGGAACACUCUCUACAGCAUGACCUGCGAAAGAUAUGGCGGAGAGGCCGCUCGGAUUGCUGAGAAUAGGGACUUCGUGCCCCCUGUCAACGGCCCUCCUGACAUGGGGAAGAGGCCAUAA